AUGUCCGCGAACGGGUCAGCGGCGACCGAGCCGCGGCUCUGCCACGUGCGGAAGUCGCCAGACUUCGACGGGUACGGUUUCAACCUGCACGCGGAAAAAGGGAAACCGGGUCAAUAUAUCGGCAAAGUGGACGACGGCUCGCCGGCGGAGACGGCGGGCUUGAAGCGCGGUGACCGCAUCCUGGAGGUGAACGGGCACAGCAUCGCCGGCGAGACACACAAGCAGGUGGUGGCGCGCAUCAAGGAGCGGCCGGACGACGCGGAGCUGCUGGUGGCGGCGCCGGCGCCCGGAGACCCGGUGCCGGACCUGGACGCGGUGCCGGAGCAGCGCGCGCCGCCCGUCGUCGCCAGCGCCGGCGCCGGCAACAAGCAGGACAGUCCGCCGCCGGCCCAGCACAAGGAGGCGCCGCGGCUCAACCUGCAGAUGACGGCGGCGGAGAUGCGCGCGCACCUCGCGGCCAAGAAGAAGGUCGACCCCAAGAAGGUGCCCAUGGACCUCAAGUCCAAGUUCGACAUCGUCAAGAAACUGUAG